AUGUCCAGCGCCAACAUGACCAUUUUUCGCGCCUACGCGCAAAAGUCUAAUCCUGCCAGUUUGCCUCCAUCAAUUCUCUUCUCACAUUCCGAGACGUGUUUGACGGUUUUUGAUGCAUUUCCGAAAUCGAUCUUCCAUUUGCUCGUUAUACCUCGUGUCAGGCCACCCUUCAAUGUGUACCAACUCGCUAAUCUACGUUCAUUGCUCAAAUGCGAGAAAAACUGCGCCAAGGAACUCCUCAUGGGUCUAAGCCGAGAAGCGAACAAUGUCAAGAAAAUGAUUGAAAGUGAGAUGUUCAAGAAGUAUGGAUUCAAGUGGGAAAUAUGGAUGGGCUUCCAUGCAAUACCUAGCAUGGAACAUCUUCAUCUCCACGUACUUUCUGCUGACCUAUGUUCUCCGAGAAUGAAGUUGAAGAAACACUACAACUCCUUCCAUCCAAAGUGCGGCUUUUUUAUUCAUUUGAGCGAUGUUCUCUCUUGGUUCGAUGCCGACCCGUCGUAUUAUAAAACAACCUCUCAACUCAAGAAGAGUGAAUAUGAACCUUUAUUGAAGGAAGAUCUCUCUUGCUGGAAAUGCGAUCGCAACCUUUCGAACAUGCCUAAACUAAAGUCACACUUGCAAGAGGAAUUCGACAAACUGUCCGAUCAAGAGAAGGCAAAGGUAGAAAGAGAGAGGAAACGUUCUGAUGAUCUUGCACAAACAUCUUCAUCCCAAAUAUCACUGAAUGAU